CCACAAAGCGACGUGGUCGCUCAAAGUAAAUGACGGGGAAAGUGCGGGGCAUCUGGAAAAAAGUGCCCACUUAGAGUUGCGUAACUUUAUUUACGAGAUCACUUCACGCUCCCAAUAACGUACAACCGGCCGCGUCUCAAUCUACUUUUAGUUUGUGCUUCGUGUGUAAAUGGCCCAUUUUCCACAUGGCCGUGGGUCGUACUUGAUCCACGGGCUCAGCGGGGAGCGGGUGCGUGAGUGGAUGUGCUGAGUCCGGCGAUGAUGAAAGUGAUGAAAGGACACAACUCAUUCACGGUGGGGAAAACUCCUCCACGCGAAAACAGAUCAAUGUGUCACUUUGUCUGGCAACAAAUCGGGCUUCUGCCGAGUGGGUUUUAUGCUGACGCAUGCUUUCUUUCAUCCGCUUUAAAAACGACCCGGUUUAAAACCCCACCGCCUCGCGUCGGGCGGGUGUCGUAAUGUGGUGAGUUUAACUUCAAGACGCGAGACGACUCAUUUAUUUAUCUGCUGUGAAGAUGUGUUGGGGCUUUUUCAUCUUGUUCUCCCGUUAGUGAUGACUGCCGCCUCGUGCAUCUGGGCUCACGUAUGAAAGGCCUUCUGACCAGAACCCCUCCUGUCGUCCCGAUAUUGAUUCUCAGUGUGCUGAUUUGGCUUUUAUUUCUAUCUUCAACCCCCACCAGCACCGUGUGGUCACUUAAGCCCCGAGUUAAAGGGUUAAAGGCUAAUUGUCUCCAAGCUGAUUGCCCAACUUCUGAAUGGCUUUUAGAAACGUAUUUAACUCGCCGGAGUUCGUUUCUGCGAGCGGUCAUCGUGGUCUGAUGGUUGAACCCGAGUCCAAAGCUGCCGCGUUUAUUCCCACAAGCCUUUCUCUCUCCACUUGUUCUGAGACCACCUUUAGGCUCUAAAACAAGUGUCUGUUGUAACGUGCUGUAGAAAUCAGCGGCACCUCGUAUGACGUGGAUGUGUCAUGAAACAAGGACACUAAAAUCCACUCAGAAGCCAGCUGUCAAAUACUAAUAUAAUUAGCUUUUUGUGUUGGACAUCCAAUCCCUGCUGACAUCAGCUUUCCCGGUGGCUAUUUUUAGUCGCAGCGGCAGCAUCGCCACGGGGACGACGGUGUCAGUCAGAAUCAAAUAUCCCAUAUAUGAAUAAAAUAAUAAGUAAAUGUCUCCAGUUGGCUUGAGUGAUGGCUUAAAUUCCCUUUAUGGCAGCCAGCUAGACCAUGUGACCACUCCCCUGACAUUUCAGCAACACCUCACUUGUAGACCCCAUCCCACACACACACUCACACACACCUCCACAAGUUCCUGCAGCAACAAAACACACUAAAAGAGGAAGCAGCAGGAACGCACGGGCCGCUUUCUUAAUUGUGGGUUGAUUUUUUGGAGGCCUUUCCCUCCAAUCAGUGCAGUCAUCUGUGUGCGAGGCCGGGACAAAGCCGGGGCCGCGUUGCCAUGGCGAGGGAUUGUUUGCAUCCACUCAUGCCGCUGGCCGUGUGGCAGCGCACGCACACACGCACACACGCACGCACGCCGUCGCAGGCUCUUUUGUCCCGUGGACCCUCCUCCCGCCGCCACAGCCCUGUUGUUCCUCUAAAAGCCAGGGCUCUGACCACAUCAUGCUGUCAGCCUGCUGCUAAGUCAUCUGGUGUCAGCAUGGACUUUAACGCACCACUAGCACCCCCUUGUGGUGUGGAGGAAUGAGGACCCCUUCUCUUAAUGAAGGCCAUGGAGCUGAAAGUGUGGGUGGACGGAGUGCAGCGCAUCGUCUGCGGGGUCACGGAGUUCACCACGUGCCAGGAAGUGGUCAUUGCUUUAGCACAAGCUAUCGGAAGGACCGGCAGGUACACUCUGAUCGAGAAGUGGCGCGACACCGAGCGCCACCUGGCGCCGCACGAGAACCCGGUGGUGUCGCUCAACAAGUGGGGCCAGUACGCCGGCGACGUGCAGCUGGUGCUCCAGCGAACCGGGCCCUCCGUCAGCGAGCGGCCCGCCUCGGACCGGCAGGCGCCCGCCCCGGAGCGCUGCUUCUACCGCCAGAGCCUGCCCCCACUGGCCAGGCUCCGGGCGCCCGGGGGCGGGGGCUCGCUCAGACGCAGGGAACCCAAGCGCAAGUCCCUGACCUUCAGCGGGGGGGCCAAGGGUCUGUGGGACAUAUUUGGGAGAAGCAGAGAUGCUGAAGCCAAGCAGCAGCGCGGGGUGAGUCUGAGCUUCGACAGGGAUGGAGGAGGAGGGGGAGGGGUAGCGUCUGUACCUGGGAGUCCAGCCAGGGAGCUGAGCCGGCUGGUGCAGCUGCAGCGAGGCAAGCUCCAGGCGCUGGAGGGCCGGCUCGUGGGCUGCGAGGCCGAGCUGCGAGACUGGGAGGACGUCAUCACUGAGGGAGAGCAGCUGGAGGAGGAGCUCCUGCUUCUGGAGCAGCAGGUGAGAAGGAACGAUGCCGAGAUGGAGGAGGAGGAGUUCUGGCAGGAAGAGCUGCACGCGGAGCAGGAGCGCGAGCGGCGGCUGCGGCCGCAGCUGGCCGAGCUGCAGGGGCGGCUGCGCGACUGCGAGGACAAGCUCUCUGAGUACGUGGCGCGCAUACAGAGCAUGGAGGCAGGACUGGAGCGGGAGCGGCUGCAGCAGGAGGCCGAGCUCCACAGGAGGGCCACCGAGGAGGAGGUCCGAGCGCGGCUGGAGAGCGCGAGGUCCGAGCUGGACGCGCAGGUCCGGCGCGCGGCGCGGCUGGAGAGCAGCUGCGGAGCACUGGAGCGCUCGCUGGGCCGGUCCGGCAGCAGGCUGCAGGAGAAGGAGCAGGAGCUGGAGCAGCUGACAAAGGAGCUACGACAGGUCAACCUGCAGCAGUUCAUUCAGCAGACUGGCACCAAGGUCACCGUGCUGCCUGCUCAGCCUGCUGGAGGGAACGCCAGUGAGGUGGAGACAGGUUCUCUGAAGAGACUUGGUUCCUCGCGUCUCUUGCCCAGCAACCUGCGUGCUCUGCAGAGCAUUGUCUCCUCCAGCCUUAACCCUGAGGGCAUCUAUGUUUGACCAGCAGACACUCCCAGGACACACUGUUGGAGGAUUGGGAUGCUCAAGUCAUCGCGGGGACUGCUGCAGUGCUCUGAAUAGAAAAGCUUGUCCAGAUAGCUAGUGGUCAGAGAAAUAAAACUGGUUUGGCAUCAUUUUUCAGGACUGAGACUCAGACUGAUGUCAACAUCCAUUUGUGAACUAGCACUCUCUGAAACUGAAUCUGAAAACUCUCUGAAUCUGUAAUAUAUAAUAAAGGAUGUGGGAUUAUACCGCUACAGGUCAGCAGGCAUUCAGCAAGAGGUUUGAGGCACGAAAUACCUACAGAAAUACCUUAUUUUUGUGUUGUGCAUCAUAAACUGUAGAGACUGUAGAGAUGCAAAAUUUAAUGUAAGCAAAUAUGAAAAAAGGUGAAGCACAAGCAUGAAACACACUUGUGCUAUAACCAUAGCCAUAUCUGAUUGCCUUACUCUGGAAACUGGAUGUCAGUAAGUGUGAACCCGAACACUGUACAGUAUGCGAAUGAAUUUACUAUUAGCAUCAAUUCAGGUGAUCUCUGGCCAUGAUGACUGCUGUCACAAUAGCGUCGCUUCAGUCUUUUUUCUUUUGUAUUUUGUAUUGAUUUGAACAGGAACUUGGCAUCAUUUUAAAGUGGACAACUCGUUAACCAUCAAUAUUACAGAACAACAUACCCCAAUAUCAGCUGAUUGUCACUUGGUUGGACUAUUUCAGGCUCCAGUGUGGCUUGUUUUUGCUUUGGGCUGUCAAUCUGCACUUUGUUCGUGUUCCUUCAGAGGCUCUGUCAUUGGAAUGGAUUGAUGCGGAAUCUGUUUAACAAAUCCUUCUUGGAAGACAAUUCCCAGUUCGGCCACUGGGUGGCAGCAAAACACAUGUUAUUUCGCCAGCGGAAAAGUUAACUCUGUGAAAGUUGAUUCUGCUUUGUUGUGUAACUAAGCCUCCAGCUGUGAGCUGUGAGUUACAACACCGGCCAAGUGUUCCACUGUGUUGUUUAAGCAGGGACCUAAGCGUUUCUGAUCGUCAUCCAUUUGUCCUGUCUGGAGCUAAAGGUGGCGCGUAUGAACCAAAGCUAGUGUGUAGUUAAGUGAAUGUACUUUUUAUAUGUAUUUGUUAAAAUAAUGCAAGUAUAAUACUAGGAGGUGUCACUUGAGCAUAAUCACUCAAAUUAGUGUCAGUAAGAUUUGAGUUUGCAAAUUAUGCCACAAAAAUUGCAAACUAGCCUUAUUUAAAUAAUGUAACAUUGAACAAACAAUAUCUCUAGUGGAAAAAAAAAAUUCUUGUGCGCAUAAAGAAUUUGCUAGUGUUAUCACAAUUUUGCAUUGUUUCUUUGUACUUGAGCAAAGUCAUAUUCAAAAUAUGAAGUUCUUUCUGAACAUCAUGAAACAUAGAUGAAGGAUAAUAUAUUUGUGCAGUGAAUGUGUAGUAACACUGAAUUCCACCCUCUAGGAUUAAGGAUAAUGUUGGAUAUCUAUAAUAAAAAAGGUAACUUGAGGAAUUUGCAUCAACUUGGCAGAGGCUUCGGAGGAACUGUCCAUUGACAUUACUUUUCUGUUUUGCUCCCCCUAUGCAGUAUUAUCGUCAUGGCAACAACUUCAGCUGUGACAAGAAACUAUAAUAAUAAAAGAAUUGCAGCUCUGGUUGACUGAAAGUUUUGAAUAAUGGCAUGCCUUACUGAGGAAAACUGUACAUAAUGUCUACAUGUCACAUCAAUCUACGGACUAUUUUUAAUGCAGAUUGAAGUCUGAAAUAUGCAGAAUGCCAGAGAGGUUAGAUUUCAGUGCCGCUGUUCAGGAAGCAGCCCUGUGCAUGCAACAGUGUGCGAUUGGAUGAUUCAGGCUCCUUAUUAGUGGCAACAGAGGAUGCCACAAUUCAUCUGAGAUACAUUUUGUUUGUUUGUUUUGUCCCUUUUCGCCUUGUUGACAUUUACACUGAUGGGGCUGUGAGCACAGUUAAAGAGCAGGCCGGCGGGUGGUAGCAGAAAAUAUGCACAGUCCUCUUUUGUUAUUUAACUUUUAACAAAUAAUAAUUAUAAAUGUAAAAGAGAAUUUAACAUGGGCACAGUUACUAACAUUGCUAUGUUUUCCUCCUUUAACUUUAUCGCUAAUAAUUCAUCUUCUGUGCCAUGAACAUUACUUUUCUAAUAUAAGUGCAUAUACAAAUGCGAUUAUGGAGCCAUUAUGGAAGCAGCCAUCAAGAUUUGAAAGCUAUUUUAGAAACGAUGCGCCUCAUGGAUAUUUCAAGACAUAGAAUUAUCCAGACAAGAAUGGGCAGAAAGUAAUUAUGGAUAAAAGCUGUUCAUGAUGUCUCCAGCCAUUUGACGUUUAAAGUGUAUAUUUGCUCGGAUGGUGGCUUGAGCAGCUGUUUGGUGAACUAUGAUUCACGACAAAUGAAUCCUACAGAAACGUCGACAUCAUGCUCGUAAGCCGAACAAGCUCAAAUGCAACCCUUGAAUUGCUGAAUUUUGCAUUGUUCUCUUAACGGCCUGCUGUAUUUCUUUUCAUAAUCUAAUAUGUUCUUCAUGUGGAAAAUGUACAAAUAAAUCAAUAAAAUAUUUUUUAAAACAGGAAA